CUACUUCCGUUACAACUAGAUCUAGAUCUACAUCCUAAUCUAACUUAGCGUGUGACUUGCUUCUAGAGACUCAAGUCUAGAAUCUAUAUAAUAUAGUUCUAUCUAGACUUAUCUUCUGUUACUUAGAUCUAGAAUCUAUCAAUAUCUAUAAAGAUUUAUCAUCAAAUCUAGAUUCUAGUUCUAGACCUAGAUCUAGCUCUCUUUUUCAGAAAUCUAAAACAUUUUGAAGAUGGAAAAGGCUUUGGAAAAACAACUUGAAGAAACAUUCCGUAUUCCUGGUGUGGUUGGCGUCAUGUGUGUUGAUAACAAUGGACUUUGUUUGGGAGCUAAAGGAAAUACUCCACGAGGCUCAUCAGGCUCCAUCAGUGCCCUUGCCAGUCAGGCUACCAAAUUAUCAACCAAUGGCACAAACCCAGUGAUAUGUCUGGAAUCAGAACAUGGAUCAGUUUUAAUCAAGAAAAAUGAGAAGCUGACCACUGCCAUAUAUAAAAGCAGCUGAUUGGUUCACAUAAUGAGCAGUGGCACAAGUCUUUCUUUAAAAUGCUAGCAGCCCAAGUGAACUAAGGCUCGUAUAAACUGAUGUUUUUACCAAAGUUGGCAGUGAUGGUCCAAUGGCAGAUGUUUAUUUAUUCGUUUUGCUCUUUAUUCAAUGUACAGAAAGUAUCGUGAAUGUAAAUAUCAUCCCAGAAUGCACUUGUGUACAUUAUUUCAUAUACAAAUACCCUAAAAGCUCUUUAUGGUAAGAGUUUUAUUAUGACAUUGCAGCUAUUGUUUAGCAUAGUCUCUUGCACAUAGGCUUCUAGAAGCCAUGUUUCAUCUAUUGUUUUGUAGUUGAUCAUUUCUGCAUGAAAUUUAUUCUGUUUGAUUUUGAUUUGGUAUAAGGAUGUAAUGAAUGUGUCCCUGUUUCUGUUUGAUUUUGAUUUGGUAUAAGGAUGUAAUGAUGUGUCCCUGUUUCUGUUUGAUUUGAUUUGGUAUAAGGAUGUAAUGAAUGUGUCUCUGUUCCUGUUUGAUUUUGAUUUGGUAUAAGGAUGUAAUGAUGUGUCCCUGUUUCUGUUUGAUUUUGAUUUGGUAUAAGGAUGUAAUGAUGUGUCCCUGUUUCUGUUUGAUUUUGAUUUGGUAUAAGGAUGUAAUGAUGUGUCCCUGUUUCUGUUUGAUUUUGAUUUGGUAUAAGGAUGUAAUGAAUGUGUCUCUGUUUCUGUUUGAUUUUGAUUUGGUAUAAGGAUGUGAUGAUGUGUCCCUGUUUCUGUUUGAUUUGAUUUGGUAUAAGGAUGUAAUGAAUGUGUCUCUGUUUCUGUUUGAUUUUGAUUUGGUAUAAGGAUGUAAUGAUGUGUCCCUGUUUCUGUUUGAUUUGAUUUGGUAUAAGGAUGUAAUGAAUGUGUCCCUGUUUCUGUUUGAUUUUGAUUUGGUAUAAGGAUGUAAUGAUGUGUCCCUGUUUCUGUUUGAUUUGAUUUGGUAUAAGGAUGUAAUGAAUGUGUCUCUGUUUCUGUUUGAUUUUGAUUUGGUAUAAGGAUGUAAUGAUGUGUCCCUGUUUCUGUUUGAUUUUGAUUUGGUAUAAGGAUGUAAUGAUGUGUCCCUGUUUCUGUUUGAUUUUGAUUUGGUAUAAGGAUGUGAUGAUGUGUCCCUCUUUUUUUUUUUCAAGUCCAUGAAAUAUUUUCUACAUGAUCACAUUGAAAUGUGUUUUGCUUGUAUGACUUUUGAUGGAUGAAGUUUGUGACUUUAUGAUUCAUUUUCAUUAGGCAUGUAUUGAAAAGACAACUUUAUGUUUUUAAUAUUGUUGAUUCACCAUGUGAAAGACUAUCCUUACUAAGCUCUACAA